AUGCAACGGGAGGCUAAAACCUUCCUUUCCAAAGCGUGGUCUGGGAGCUCUUUGACUUCUGGAGCACAAAACAUGUUUGCUGCCUUCAUCAAGCAAGAGCAAGCAUUACCUGAUGACGUGGAUUCACUGAGACAGAGGGUUGAGGACCUUCGGCGACAGCUGGGUAUGGGCUCGGCUGUCAAAGAGGAGCCGUGCGGGGAUGCAAAGCAGCCUGGGCAAAUGAAGGAGACCGGAUUGGACAAGGAGGCACCGAAGACUACCCUCCCCAGAACUACCGAGCCACGCCCGGACACAUUGCAGGCCACACAAGUGGAGGAGACCCAAGAGAAUGACAGCCAGGCACCGGAGUUUGCAGCUGCCGAACCUACCGAGCCAGCUUCGACGCAGGCAUUGCAGCCUGCACAGGAGACCCGACCGAAUGACAUCCAGGAGACCUUCGACAAUGACCUCCAGGAGACCCAACCGGAUGACAUCCAGGAACAGAAGCCUUCCAUCCCCAAGACUGCCGCUUCAUCCGUGGGGCACAGCGCAAUGGGGCAUGCCAACAGCUUUGUCGCGCACCAGGACUCCUCGCAACUGCCGCCCGAGAUCAUGUUCAAGUCGCCGAGCCGAUCCCCUUCCAGCCCACCUAAGAACAUCGAGGCGAUGAUGGAUGGUGCACCUCUCGAGUCUCUGCCAGCCCCAACGACUGCACGCGAAAAGCAACUGUACGAGAUCAUUGCUCACCUGCAAAGAACGCAGCCGGGCACACCAAGUAUGUUUGCACCCGCUUCUGUCCGGAGCAGUGAUCCAUCAGUGAAGUCGCGGCCGGAGCGGCUGGACUCUGUGACUUCCCUUGCCACAUCCCUGAGUGACGGGGUCCCCGCACCCAAGGAUUUGCCACCGAUGCGGGCCCCAGCCCCUGCUACCCCUGUGUCUGACGGCACAGGCACGGAAACGAAGGAGAGUGCUGCGCCUACCGGGCCUACCGAUGACGAGGAUGACUGUGAAAGUCCGGAAGAAAAAAAACUCUACGCAAGGAUGGAGGCAAAGAUCCGUCGAAUGUGUACCCCGAGCCCGACCACCGGAAAGACCACGGCAAGCCCACAGUUGCUGGCGGAGUGGAAAAGCAAGGGGUACACCCGUACCCAACUCAUGCAGUUGAUGAUCGAGGCCAACGGCGACAAGGCGCAGUUCCAAACGAAACUGGAGUCGUGGCGCCAGACGGAGCAGUUCAGGAAAGUCCAGACGAGGGGAGGCUGGUACUCGGAGCAGGACAUGAAGAAGCCGGUGAGCGAAGGAGGAUGUGCCUAUAGUGCGAAAAAAGUGCAGAAGGUGAAGGACUUCUGCGAGAAGCACGGCUUCGUUCGGAACAACAAGUACGAUGAGGACGAGAAGGAAUACUGGGUGGACUUCCGGACGGAGGGCAGCCGAGGGACCAACGAGAUUGAUGCUGUCCGGGAGAAGAAGAUGGCUGACACCACCGGUGCCGAAGGGUUUGUUACGGGGGCUGUGGGCGACGGGCCGCUUCCAGAACUUCCGAUUCAAGGGGGCCUUGCUCCAGGGAUCGAGAAGGAGGACCAGGGCUUGGCUAAGAUCAUGGACGAUGCCUUUCAGACCCGUAAGAACCUUGACAAACUUGUUGCGAAGCUCAAGAAAGACAAAGGCAACGCGGGGGACAUCGCCAGCAUGGAGGAGUGCAUCUCCAAACUGGGAUCGCUUUACGACGAUCUUGCCGGAAUCCAGGCCGAGGUGAAAGUGAACGGUAUGGAUGACAAGCUGAAGCAGCAGCUGGCGGAAAAGACCAAAGCCGUGAAGCGCCAGUGUGUUCUGGCGGUGUCGUGUGAGAUCAAGAACAAGUCGAUCAAGCGCAAGGAGCCGCCGCCAAGCACCGAGGAGCCCCAGUCCAAAAGGAAGCCGAAAAGCAAGACAAAACCCAGCAAGAAGUGA